GCACGCGCAGUAAGGGCUGCGCGGGUUUUGGCGCCCGUGGCUCCUUUCUGCGCGCGUUCUUUUUCGCGCGGAGUUCUCGCCGGAAGCCCUGCGAGAAGUCUCGCGAGAGGCGGCGGGCGGGCGGCGGUGGCGCUGCGUGCUGCUUGGAGGGUCGCCUCAGCCUCGGCUCCCGCCGCGCCCGGGCCCCGCCGCUCGCCGCCCCUCGUGCCGCCGCCAUGUCGCGCUACCUGCGCCCUCCCAACACUUCGCUCUUCGUGCGGAACGUGGCCGACGAUACCCGGUCUGAAGACUUGCGCCGUGAGUUUGGUCGUUAUGGGCCUAUAGUUGAUGUAUACGUUCCGCUUGACUUCUACACUCGUCGUCCCAGAGGAUUUGCUUAUGUUCAAUUUGAAGAUGUCCGCGAUGCUGAAGAUGCUCUCCAUAAUUUGGACCGAAAGUGGAUUUGUGGUCGGCAGAUAGAAAUCCAGUUUGCGCAGGGCGAUCGGAAGACACCAAAUCAAAUGAAAGCCAAGGAGGGGAGAAACCUAUACAGUUCUUCUCGUUAUGAUGACUAUGACAGAUACAGGCGAUCUAGGAGCCGGAGUUACGAAAGGAGACGAUCUAGAAGUCGCUCUUUUGAUUACAGCUAUAGAAGAUCAUAUAGUCCCAGAAAUAGACCUACUGGAAGACCUCGUCGUAGCAGAAGCCAUUCGGACAAUGAUAGGUUCAAACACCGCAAUCGAUCUUUUUCAAGAUCUAAGUCCAAUUCAAGAUCACGAUCCAAGUCACAGCCCAAGAAAGAAAUGAAGGCUAAAUCACGGUCUAGGUCUGCAUCUCACACCAAAUCUAGAGGCACUUCUAAAACAGAUUCUAAAACACACUAUAAGUCCAGCUCAAGAUAUGAAAAGGAGUCGAGAAAAAAAGAACCAGCUAGAUCCAAAUCACAGUCAAGAUCACAUUCUAGAUCUAGGUCAAAAUCCAGAUCAAGGUCUUGGACUAGUCCCAAGUCCAGUGGCCACUAAUAGUGAGUCCACGUUGGUUUUAGGCAUGUAAGACUCAUUUACACACAGUUCAGUUUACUUAAAUUAUCAGGAAUAUGAUGUUGCAACAGUGCUAAAAAAAUCUUUUCUUCGUCAGUUUUCCCUGUAGCAGACAACAAUGGUUAAAGUUUAAAACAGUGUGGAGCAGCCACUGAGACAGAGGGAGAGAGAGAGAGAAUGUCCUCUUGGUUACGUGUUAUGGGCAGCUCUGAAUUGAUUGUGGUGUCUCAAUGUAUAUUUUUGUAAAGAUUUGCAUUUUGAAUGCUUAGAUAUCGGUGAUGACUUGAUUGGUCGUAAUUUGCAACCUUGUCCUGUUCAAAAUGUCAUGCCCAUAGCAAUUGAUACCAGUUUGUACUGAACAGUUAAACCAGCUGUUUAACGUGUUCUUUAACGCUAAACGUUGUGAUGAAAUGGAAAACUGGACAGCUGUAGCGCAACACUGACUGCUGUGAAAUGCAGACUGGUAAUUUUACGUUUUCAUUGUUCAGAGGCAGGUUUCUGUGUUCUCCAUGCCCAGUGACAAGUAGGUUUGUAAAUGGAGCUCUGUGGAGAGAGAUUUUUGAAAUUUCUCUGCCAUCUGGAGAGGUGGAGCUAGCGCUGCAUGUACUGCACGGGACACAGCUGGUCUUGGAAGCCCGGUCAGAGGCUGUGCAGUGUUGUGACUUGUCAGGAAAGGGGCUUCACUGCUCUUGGCCUGGCUGCUAAUACUAAAUAUGUGAGGGUUGAGGGGGGGGACCUUGAAAUGGAAAAUUAAAUUCGGAUUCCAGAAAAUGGCAGAGCAUCUAAAUAUUAGGUUGUGUGUAUAUUUUACGCAGUUUUUGUAUCUAUUCUAAAUUUUAGUGAGCAGUUAACCAUGAAAUUGCUUAGUUUUCCCGCUGUUAGAUGCAAGUAGAUUGUUUCAAGUUGUGUGUGUACAGUAUAUAAGAACUCAGCUUUUAUGCCAAUGACUCCUGUGGUUAGUUGGUGUAUUCAUAGGUAUAAAACUGUAGCCAUCUCUCUUCUCGAGUAAAAAAGGCUUGCUUUUAUACAUUGAGAAAUAUUUAGUCAAGCAAGUCUGAAUCACUUCUUCCUCAGAAUGGAUAGUGGUUUGGUUACAAAAUUUCAUUUUACUUAAGAACAAGUGUUUAAAGUUGGAUAUGAACAAGAGCUGCAUCUCUAGCUAUUUAGUUUCACUAAUGCAGUGCAUUUAGUAAAUCAAAUGUGAAAAAUAACAAAACCAGUGUGUAAUCUUAACAGUAUUUCUCUAGAAGAAGGCAAGAUAUUUUGUUAUGAAAAUGGCUUUUGGCAUUGUUUUUUUUUUCUCUUUGUCUUAAAAAGCCAGCAUCAGACACCCGGUGUUCCAUGCUGUCUGUGUAGUGAAUGAAGACACAAAUUUCAAAAAGAUCAUCUUUAGAGAAGUGUUUUAGGGUUUGGUUUUAGUGUUCAGCAGGGCCUUUCAAGAAAUGCAAAUGGCUUUUAAAUGUUAGUGGCAGAACGUGCUUAGGGGAUUGAUUCUAGGAACCUUGGUACGUUUGAUGGUGUUUCUAACUUUUUCCUUUACUGUUUGCAGUUACUGUUCAUGUUCUGCUAUGCAAUCAUUUAUAUGCACGUUCCUUUAGUUUUGUAGACUUUCCUGGAUGUAUAGUUUAAAAACAGCAUAAAGUCUAUUUAAAACUGUAGCAGUAGUGUGCAGCUCUAGCAGAGGAAAGUUGUGGGAUUAAACUUUGUAUUUCCUUUCUUAUAGAGGCUUCUAAAAAGGUAUUUUUAUAUGUUCUUUUUAACAAAUAUUGUGUACUACCUUUAAAACAUCAAUGUUUUGAUCAAAAUAACUAAAGACCCAGCUUAUUUUCUGCUUGCUGUAAAUUUAGCAAACAUGCUGUAAUAAAAAAAAUGAAGGAAA